GCGUUGUAUAUAUAUCCUGUCACUGACGUCAUAUCGAGCUCCGAAAUUUGAAAAUCAAUAAUUGUCGGUCGUGCAGUGGUCGUCGAGCAAUUCGCGCGAUGCACAUGACAGCUACUAAGUCGAGCUCAGUAGCAGCAACUUAUUGCAGUGCACAUAUCCCGAAGGAAAUGGCUGUCUCGAGACAAAAUUUCGAUUUUGAUCGCGAGCUGUCUGUGAUUCUCAUUAAAGUUACUUGAGCCAUUUAAAUAAUAAAAAGCAUCGGAUGCCCGAUCGUCGUGUUGCUUCAACAUGUCGCGAAGCACAAAGUGGAAAUUCGCGAUCAUUGCCGGAGUCAACGAGUGUUUAGUUUACGCUGAAGCAAAAUAUUGUGCCUUUGAAAUACACGGAGAACCAAAGUACUAUGUAUGUCCAAGAACAGAAUAUUGUUGCAACUUUGGCUGCUGUGUAUCACCAGGGUUUCAAAUAUAUCAUCUGUGGUAUUAUUGGUUACUAGUCAUUAUUAUGUUUUUGGUGUGCUCUGGUGGUGGCUGGUGGUAUAGAUAUUGGCUGCAAGGCAGAUAUAGAGCUGCAGCUUCUGCCAUUCCCACUAGAUCUUACAGUACAAGAACUCAAAGUUCUCUUCGAGGUCCAACAUGUCAAGCACAGCAAGCUAGAAUAUCGUAUAACACAGCAAGAAAUACCGUCCUGUUGCAUAGAAUGUGGAAAGCAGGUCCUCACAGAAGUGUAACAUCUCCAGCAUAUGGGUCGGCUGCAGCUGCAACUUCAGCAGCUCAUCACUACCAAAACACGAGCGUUGUUCUGAACGACGCAAACUGCCCUUACUAUCAGCUCUAUGGACCGCCACCGAGCUACGAAACCGUGAUAGCCCAAACACGCGGCAAAGUAUCCACACCAUCGUCGCCAGAACUGCUCCGCGGUCCCAGUCCACGGAACACUGCUUCUGCGACUGCCUUCGUCGGACCGCCUUGCUUUUACGGGUUGCCGCCACCCUCGGCGGCUCCCCACUAUCAGCCGCUUACCUGUAAUCAGACGCCGCCCCCGGCUUUCGAGAGCGCCGAGUACGGAUACGAGCCAAGACCACUCAGCUUUGGCCAGCGAGUGCAUUACGUCCAAUGCACGGCCAAUGCCGCCGCCGGCAAGUCUUCGACCGAAAAUUCCGAUGCUGACAAUAGCAUUGCUCAUUACGGUCAAGACAGUCCCGAAGAGGGCGGUUUCAGCGCGUCAUCCUCCUCGAUGUUACCCAGAAAUGAUUGCGCCAGCGGCUCAUGCGCCGUUUUAGGCACUACUUUACCCUGCUCUUAUGCUCCAAAAUGGAACACAAGGAUAGGAGUACAUGGUCAACACCAACUACGCGAUCGCACGAAAAUCGAUUCAACGAUCUCGCCACAAUCGUUGGAACUGAUGCCCGAUCAGCCGAUAGCGACGACAUCGUCAGAUUAUGGGGCAUCGACGUCUUCAGCAAUGUCACAUCCACCUACGCGUCGAAAAAUUCAGGGUGGCUCGCUAAAGAUGCCUCGUCGUCGCGAGCAGCAGGCAAAACACUACGAGUCAGUGCGCGUGCUCGCGGCGGCGAAUCGUCGAUUGAGCUCGGCCAGCAGUAGCACCGGUACCGGUUGCACCGUUCCGCUUGGCCGUGAAGUCGAUCAGACCUAUCAUCAAUCUAGUCCCUCCAGCAAUGUGAUAACAGCUGAGACCUUCGACAACGAGCGAGUGACUCAACAACAACAGCAACAGCAGCAGCACCAACAGCAACAACUGACAGGCCAUGCUCAGCAACCGGCGUCUAGUACAAAUUUGAAUUGUGAAAGUAAGCGCAAACUCGACCGGUCGAGAUCGCUCGAAUGAACACGCGCGAAGCUCGAUCAUCGUUGCAUUGAUUAAUCUUGAAUUACUGCGAAGCGUUAAUAGGUCGAGGAUCGAAGUAAUUAACGCGAUUGGUGGCUGUGUUUCUUAUAGAUCAGUAAGACUCCGCUAUCGAUCUGUUUCUGAAGUGAUGUUUUUUUUGUUUGUUUUUAUCAAACACAAACUGUUUUUGUUAUCUAGUCAUUUUACUACGUUUUUUUAUAAUUUUUUUAAGACAAAAGAUAUGAUCUUGCUCAUACAAAGUCAUGAGUAUCUUAUAUAAAGUUAAUUGUGUGAAAUAUCCAUUGUAACAUUUUGAGAAUUUAUUUAUUCUUUUACUAAUAACUUCUAUUAGAAAAAGAAGUGAUGGUAAGUAAUAUCUCAUACUAUUUAAAAAUAAUUUUCCAAACUCAUUACUUGCUAUAUCUUGUACUUUUAAGUGAAAGUACGCCCGAAUACUCAUUCGAAUUUUGUUUCCACAAAUUGCAGAAUAACUUUACUUGAUCAAAUCAACGCAUCAAGACUGUAAAGUAAAUAUUUAUUGCCAUUUAAGAAUAUUAUUAAUUUUUAGAAAUCGAUUUUAACAAGAAUUUCUUCAAAAAUAUACUAAUACAGUGUUUAUAUUUCGCGGUUUAUUAUUUAAAUUAAAACAGAAUAUUUUUCUAAAAACGGUUGAAAAAUAAUAUCCAAGAUUUUGAAACAUGUAAAAAAAAAUAGAUUACAAAAUACCGAAUAAGUUGUAAAGGGGGUUUGAAUGAUAUUUGAACGCGACGAUGUAACAUUUUUUAUUGUGAUAUACCAAGUCUAUACAAUAUUAUUUUGUAACAGUUUCCUGCAUAUUGUACGUCUGUUUUAACUACGACAAACUUAACGAGUUUAUGUUUUUAUUGUUGUAAUAUUGAAAAAUUAAUUAGAAACAUUACAUCUUAUUAAAAGUAAUGAUUGUAAUGACAUUCAAUGUUCAAAAGUAUAAUUUGAUUUAGUAGCUGCACUUUGCACAACUGAAAAAAAAUCACACGUAUUUUUGAACCGAUUUCCCAACUAAUUCAGUUAUACAGAGUGUUCCUAUAUUUUUCAGUAAGGAUUUAAGCUAUAUUUUUAUACUUUUGACCGGAAAAAGUAGAUGAAUAAUUUCGAAGAUUAUUGAAUGACUCUACACAUUAACGUUCUCAUAAGUAAUCUUCGGCGAGUGCACGAUUCAAAUAGAAAAUUAUAUGAAUUGUGAUAUGAAAAUGAAAGAAAAGUCAAGUGGCUAGGAAUUUAUUUUUUGAUUUUCGAACUUGAAAACGACUAGGCGAUGAUGUUCCAAAUGUGUCAGUAACAAUUGGUAUGCUCUAGAUUUUAGAUGCUUUCAUUUUCUAUACAAAAUUGAAUCGACAUUUCACUAAAACAAACCUAGUCGCCAGUGAGCGAGUCCGAGUAAAUUUCUUUGUCAAUAUUGAGUGGACUUACGCACAAUUUCUCACUCACGCACACAUGUACGAAUAUACUUACUACACACGCGUAUGAAAUAUAAAUCGUUCAUUUGAUUCCUCAUGGUAUAUAUACGAAUAUGCUAAUGGUAGGUGAUAUAUAAAUAUAAAUAAUAUAUAUAUUUAAACAUUAAGAAAUCUCUAUUUUUAAUGUGCAUAAGUAUAAUAAAUGUAAAACUACUAGUCAUGAUAUCGCCAAGCGAGUGUGAGUCGACACUGCAUUAUUUUCUCUAUCGCAAAGCUAGUUUGCUCCUUCGAUGCGUAAAAUUUUUCUAAAAGGUAAGAAGUUUGAAGUGUACAAAAAAUGUCGAAUCUCUCGACAAAAAAGCUUGACAUUUAUCGUCAAAUUUUAACUCAUUAAUUUUUUAUUGACAUCUGUGGGCUUUAUUCAAAAGAUUUUUUUAUCUUCGAAUAGUUCCUUUUUCAGAUAUUUUUUACUGGUAUAUUUUAUUCUUUCAAAAGUGAACUCUGUAAAUAUACGUUCAAAACUUGACUCGGUAUUUUUUGUACGACUUCUAAGGAUACAUUGAAGUAAAAAAAAAUAAUGCUUUACUGAAAGCAAAGUAGUAUUGAAAAGUUUAGUAGUGACUAUCGAUUGGGUAAAAAUAAUUUGAUUGAGAGCUGAUGAAUGUAAAGAUGAAAUCUUCAGAAACUAAUAAGAUUGUAAAAAGAUGAAAGAGUGUGUUAAAUUAAUAAGUGCGUAGACAUUAAGUAUCCAAUAUAAAAAGCUCUAAACCAAAAAUUAAAUCUUAAAAAAGUAUUGGCACACAUCAAUGUUCAGUUUAACGAUUGCUAUUAACUAUUGACUUUUUAAGUUGAUUAAAUUUCGUUGCAAUUAUCAGAUAGAACUAUCAAUAAUCAUGAAUAACGACAAUUUUGUACUUACCUAUAAAUUAAAAAAAAAUUAUAUAUUUUACAAUCGACCGUUUUCAUUCAAAAUGAAUAACAAGCUUUUCAAUGAAGCGUGAAUAAAAUGACAUUUUUUACAAGAAAUAAAAAUUUUCGUACAAAGUACGUAAUUUCACGAAUUAAAUUAUUGCUCUGUGUAGCAUACCAGUCGUGUACAUGCACAAAAACAUGAAUUUCAUAUGCUGCUCCUUGACUGCGUAAACUAGAUUGAAAAAAAGCAGUCUCUAAAUCACGAAGUAAAAGUAACCAUUUGUGUUCUGUGUGAAGAUCAUCUUGUUGAGCUCUUAGAAGCUUUCACAAUCAUAUCGAAAAUAACGAAACACGAUCAUAUCAAUGAUUUUUUAGAAUUUUGGAAUACAAAAAGUAUAAACGAUGAAAAUGUUCGACUUUGACUAGUAGGAUUGGAAAACCAUUGAAAAUGUCUAAUCUUCCUUAUUUUAUUUCAAUUUUUUUGAGAAAUUUUUAACGUUUCCUGUUGCGUGCACAAAAUAGUGGUCCAAAGUAUAUGUGCCAAUAGCUAAAAACGAAGUAGAGAAAAGAAGAGUACGUUUAAUAUUAACAACGUUCUAAUCUACUCACGAUGGUUGAAUCUAUUUUUAUGAGUUUAGGAAAUUCACUUUUGUUUGUGGUUUUUGUUUACCUGUUCCAAGUUCAACUGGGGGGUAUAUUUUUAUCGAAAAGCGAAAAUAAAUUUUAUGUUUCAUAAAUUUUGAAAAAUUUAGGUAAUCUCAUUGAAUCUCGAGCGAAUCAUUAAAGUACACUGCAAAAAACCUUGCACCAUGAAAUUUUAAUGGUAAUAGUAAUUCGAUAAGUACCUAAUUUCAGUAGAAAGACUAUAUUAUUGAUAUAGCGAACAAGUAAUAAUUCUAACGAAUCAAUCGAACAAUAUGUUGUUCUUUUUUAACGCGUGAAAAAAUAAAAUACAUUUGAGCGCAAAAUUUCUUCUCGAAUUUUCAUCCAAAAGACUUAAUUAUAACUAUUUAUCUCAUCGAUAAAUGCAAUUUGAUACCGCUGUUCUGUCUAACGUAUCAAAAAAAAAAAAGAAAAAAAAACAUUUACUAAUUAUAAGGGAUCUGAAUUGAAUCGUUCGCUUGUGAAAAUUGUUCUCUAUUAAUACAGUCCGUUGCGCGCAAUCAUUCGAAUGAAUAAUAAGCAUGAGAGAAGAAGGAAGAGAACAAUGUAAAAUAUUGUAACUAUUAUAAAUAUUGUCUCACAA